UAGAUCUGAUUUAGUUUGUUUGUCCCUGUUCCAAAUCCUCGGUUCAACUGCCCGCGCAGGAGGAGGGAGACUAAUUGGAUAAACGUCCAGGAACAUAACAGUGGGUGGGAUCGCUUUGGGGCUGGUUCUGGAUCUUUUUUAUUUGCUCUACAGAACAAGUUAGGUUAGCUCAACGAGAGCCCGAGGACAAGCGGGAGCAGGUGCUUGUGGAUGGCGAUAAAAAAAAAAAAAACUGAGGAAAACUCCAGAUUCCCGACACGGCUGACUGCGGCUGUAUCGAUAUAAUACAAGUUUAGUAAUUUACCUGGAAAGGGCUUCGGGGACAGUCCUUACGGAUUUUUGGGAUUCUAGAGUAAAUUAAUCUGAAGGGAGCGCGAGCGGCGUCCCGCCCCGUCCCUCCGCGCUCCGACAUGGAGAGAGUGAGCCUCCAGCAGCUCCUGCCUCAACUUCACCCUGCGUCCAUUCGGUUGUAAAACUUUUGGCGAGGGGGGAAAACACAGCGACGCGCAAAUGCUGGAAUCCUAGGUCGGGUUUUCGUCGUUUUUACUGGAGCGAAGGCGGGCAGCGGGGGACGCGGACCGAAGAGACGCAUUAUCCACCAUGAACCAGAGUACGGCUAAAGACAGAGUGGACAGAAUUGAUCCGUAUGGCUUCGAGCGCUCGGAGGACUUUGACUUUGAAUCCUACGAGGAGCUCAUGUCCGAGUAUCUCAUCAUCUGCACCCGACGUUCCAUCAAGUGGUCCAGAUUGCUGAAAGAUACCGGCAAGGUGCAAAGGAAUGUGAAAUUAAAGCGCUACGUACGCAAGGGGAUCCCCAAUGAGCACCGCGCUUUUAUCUGGAUGACAGCCAGCGGGGCUCAAGAGCAGCUGGAGAAGAACCCAGGAUACUACCAGUCCAUGCUGGUGACCCACAAUGACUCCAAACUGGUGGAGACCAUCAGAACAGACUUGAACAGAACGUUUCCAGACAACGUCCUGUUCCGCAAGUCUUCAGAUCCGUGUCUGCAAAAAUCUCUGUUCAAUGUGCUGCUGGCCUAUGGUUACCAUAACCCAUCUGUGGGCUACUGCCAGGGCAUGAACUUUAUUGCUGGUUAUUUACUCAUCAUCACUAAAGAUGAAGAAAAGUCUUUCUGGCUGAUGGAUGCACUGAUUGGGAGAAUUUUGCCAGACUACUACAGUCCCGCUAUGCUGGGGCUGAAGACGGACCAGGAGGUGCUGGGGGAGCUGGUGAAACUAAAAAUCCCCCGGGUGUGGGAGGUGAUGGUGAAACACAACGUGAUGUGGACCCUGGUGGUCUCUCGCUGGUUCAUCUGUCUUUACAUUGACAUUCUUCCUGUGGAGACUGUUAUGCGGAUUUGGGAUUGCCUUUUCUAUGAAGGUUCAAAAAUCCUGUUCCGUGUCGCUCUUACACUGAUCCAUCACAACCAGGCUCUGAUAGAACAGGCCAAAUCCCUGCCAGACGUCUGCCAGGCCUUCAAAGACAUCGCCCAGGGACCAUUUGUUGAAGAUUGCCACCCUUUCAUGCAGAAAAUCUUCACCGAACCAGGAAGUCUCUCCAUGGCAACCCUGACUAAGCUCCGUGCGACAUGCCGUGGUCGAGUCGGUGAAGGAGUAUCCUGACCUGGACUUCCAAGAACGUCCGCCGAUGCAUUCCAGAGAGCCGAGCGCCCAGCAGCUCGUUUCCACCCGAGUCGCUUUACACUGAACUUUGUCUUAAAGCAUAAAUUGAGACAAUCAAAGCUGACAUGUUGUGCUUUAUGACCCGAUGAUUCCAUUUUAUGCCAUGAUGUUUGUCUUAAAUUAAGUUUCACAUUUUUUGCACUUUCAUCCGUGAUGACAAAAGCUAAAUAGAAAAACCUGAAUGAAAACAAUGUUGUUCCCUUAAAGCACAGCCAGGAAUAAAAUGUCCACUGCAUUUCACAUCUUUGUCAAAAAUUUAAAUAACACUAAUUGUUGUUUUUAGGUGAUGAGUUGAAUGAUGAAAUAUAUUGAUUCUAUAUUUUUGUGGCGUUCGUGUUAAACUAGUUGUUUAAGUGAAACUGUCCAUUAUCAGAGAUGUGGGCUUAGUUUACACACUGUAUUUCAAUCAAGAUGUCCUGGUGAUCCAAUACAAGCACAACCAAAACAGCUGCUCUGGCUGCGUUUUAUAAACCGGGAAUGACUCCAACAUGGACUCUAAAUAUUUUUAUUACAUUACAGGAAAAUGCAUCAUAGAAAAUAGAAUUUUUCUUUAAAAAAAAAAAGCAUUGUUAUUUUUUUUGUAAGACAGAAAAAAAAGAAGAUGGAAACCAAUUCAUUUGGUACUUGACCAAUGAGUUGUUACAGUAGAAUACUGUAGAAUUCUACUAUAACAACUCAGAUUUAAAUCUGAGUCACAAAAAAACAAGAAAUCAAUUCAGAAAACAAGCAUUUGCGUCCCCAAAACAUUUCACCAAACGGACAUUUAAGGUUAGAUUUUUCUGGAAUCCCAUUCUUGAGUUCUUGGGAGGCAAGUUAUCAAAGAGAAGAACCCAGAAGGAAAAUACAAGUGUAGUUUAUUUUAGUAGAAACUGUCAUUUUGACCAGAAUAAAUGUCGAAAUGGAGA